AUGUUUAAUGUGUUCGAUUAUUUGGACGAAUUCGAAAAGAAGAUUAGCGAGCUGAUUGCCAACUGCGGUGGAGUUUUGAUUCUCCAAAAUGACCAUUUUUCCAAAUGUAUUUGUGGUAAAUGUUUGAACGAUGUGGCCAAUGCAGCGCGUUUUCGAAAACGUUGUCUGGAAACGGAAACUAUUUUGCAGAGCACAAAAAUUGAUAUUAAGGAGAUCGUAAGCUUAGACGCGGGCGAUCAACCGAAGCAGGAUUGUACUCAGCCGACACCUUCUUUGAUUGAUCCGGCUGGCUACCAUGAAAAUCAAUGUUCAUCAGAAGGUGUUGUUAUGGAUGAAGUCAAAAGCGAACCGGUUUGGACUGCAGAUUCAGCGGGCACAAGUAACGGAGGAACUACUUUAAUCCAAAACGAUGCAUCAGUCGCAUCUCGUCAUGAAUCAGCCGUUGCAACUGCAAAACAUAUGAAUAAUUUAUCAGCAAUCGAUAACCGGCCGCACAAGUGCGAGUUUUGUGGCAAAGGGUUCAUGGAACCAAACGAUCUUAAGCGGCAUAUGCGCAUACACGGUGAGAAGCCACAUAAAUGUGACAUAUGUGGUAAAGCUUUUAGCGCAAGUAGCAAACUGGAGCGUCACUUUCGCACCCACACGGGAGAACGACCGAACAAGUGUCAUUUCUGCGAUAAAGUGUUUACUUGCGGGAGUAAUCUAUCGAGGCAUGAGAAACGCAUUCAUACCAAUACGAGACCAUUCGUUUGCGAAAUCUGUGGUAAAGGAUUCAUAGAGAGGUGUCAUCUUGCGAAUCAUUUGCACAUUCAUACCGGCAAUCGACCGUUCAAAUGUGACAUUUGCGGGGAAGGAUUUGCGGAAAACUGGAAGCUAAACAGGCAUAUAAGCAAUCAUUCGAACGUGCAACAGUAUCCGUGUGAAAUUUGCGGAAAAAACUUCCUACAGAAGGGUAAUCUCAAAAAGCACAUACGAGUUCACACCGGGGAGCGACCCUACAUUUGCGACAUUUGCGGCAAAGGUGUUUCCAAUAGUGGUCACUUGUUGCGACAUCGUCGCAUCCAUACCGACAAACGGCCGCACAAAAUAAUGUCCACAAAUUUGUUAAUGCCAGAGUGCUGCCGAUGCUGUAUGGCUGAAGAAAGUGAAAUGUUUCAUGUGUUCGAUCAUUUGGACGAAUUCGAAAAGAAGAUUAGCGAGCUGAUUGCUAACUAUGGUGGAGUUUUGAUUCUGGAAAAUGACCAUUUUUCCAAAUGUAUUUGCGGUAAAUGUUUGAAUGAUGUGGCCAAUGCAGCGCGUUUUCGCGAACGUUGUCUGAAAACGGAAACUAUUUUACAGAGCACAAAGAUGGAUAUUAAGGAGAUCGUAAGCUUAGGGGAAGGUGAUCAACCAAAGCAGCACUGUGCUCCGACUUCUUCGAUCGAACCGAUUGCCUACCGUGAAAAUCAAUGUUUAUCAGAAGUCGCUAUUAUAGAUGAAGUCAAAAGCGAACCGGUUUGGCCGUCAGAUGCAGCGGGUACAAGUAACGGAGAAAUUAUUUUAAACCAAAACGUUGCGUCAGUUGCAUCUAGUCAUGAAUCAGUCGGUGCAAUUGUAAAGGAUACGAAUAGUUUGUCAGCGAAUAAAGUAAUCGAUGACCGGCCGCACAAGUGCGGAUUUUGUGGCAAAGGGUUUUUGGCACCUAACGAUCUUAAGCGACACACGCGCAUACACACUGGUGAGAAGCCACAUAAAUGUGACACAUGUGGUAAAGCGUUUAUCGCAAGCAGCCAACUAACGCGCCACAUACGCAUCCACACGGGAGAACGGCCGAGCAAGUGCAGUCUCUGCGAUAAGGUGUUCAUUUGCGGGAGUGAUCUUACGAAGCAUGAGAAACGAGUGCAUACCAAUACGAGACCACAUGUUUGCAAAGUCUGCGGUAAAGGAUUCACAGAGAGGAGUCAUCUUGCGAAUCAUUUACACAUCCAUACCGGCGAUCGACCCUUCAAAUGUGACAUUUGCGGGGAAGGAUUUACGGAAAACUGCAAACUGAACAAGCAUAAGCGCAUUCAUUCGAACGUGCGACAGUAUAAGUGUGAAACCUGCGGAAAAGAAUUCCUAGAGAAAGGUGACCUCAAAAAACAUACUCGAAUCCAUACCGGGGAGCGACCGUACAUCUGCGAUAUUUGCGGCAAAGGGUUCUCCGAGAGCAGUCACCUGUUGCGGCAUCGCCGUACGCAUACCAACGAACGGCCGCACAAGUGUGACCUGUGCAUAAAAACAUUCCUGGACAGCAAAGGACUUGCCAAGCACAAACUCGUGCAUCUGGAGAAACCAUUCAGUUGUCCCGUGUGCGCUAAAGCCUUCGUCGAGUGCGAUCAGCUGACGCGACACUUGACCACGCACAGUUUGGAGUGAUUUUAGGCGCGCUGGUUAUAGAACAGUUGAACCGACUGUUAUAGGACCAAUUCCAGUAAUUAAUAAAUUGAUAAAGUAGCGUGAGUGUGCUACUUAGGGCGCGAAAGUGAUU